GAUAUAGUGAAGAACAGGUACAUGCUCUUGUCCCUUUCCAGAAAUCUGGGCGAAAUACUCCAAAGGUGAAUUCUAUCAAAGAAAUGGUUCAAAAAAUUCUAAAAAACGAUAAUUUAUUAUAUGUGGAUAUUAAUGAAGAGGCAUCUUAUAUUGCCUAUUUGGAUGAAGUGAUUGAUGCAACAAAAGAUUAUGAUAUAACUGAAGAAUCGAACCGGCUUCAAAAAAUAAGACAAGAAAUACUCAC